AUGGACGCAUUCGUGGUUAAACUGCCCCGCGGGAAGGCGGGGGAUGGCGAGGGGAAGAGGCCGCGGCUGGAGGAGCACGGCCCGGAGCGGCCGCCGCCGCGGGAGAUCCGCGCCGACGGGCUCAACUGUGAUUAUCGCAUCCUCUUCGGCAAGGCCGAAGCGGACGAGAUCUUCCAGGAGCUGGAGAAGGAGGUGGAGUAUUUCGAAGAUGACUUGACCAAACUGCACGUAUUUGGCACGUGGCACAAGAUUCCCAGGAAGAAAGUCACCUAUGGAGACCCUGGCUUGUCCUACACUUACUCAGGGGUCACAUUCCACCCCAAGCCAUGGAUCCCGGUGCUGACCCGGAUCCGGGAGCGUGUCACCUCAGAAACAGGGCACACCUUCAACUUCGUCCUUAUCAACAGGUACAAAGAUGGCCUGGACCACAUCGGGGAGCACCGGGACGAUGAGAAGGAGCUGGUUCCUCACAGCCCCAUCGCCUCCGUGUCCUUCGGAGCCUGCCGGGAUUUCGUGUUCCGGCGCUGGGACCGCCGGGGGAAGGGAGGGAUGCUGGCCCAUGGCAGCCUGCUCCUCAUGAAGCAUCCCACCAACCUGUACUGGUACCACAGCCUGCCCCCACGCAGGAAGGUGCUGGCUCCCAGGGUCAACCUCACCUUCAGGCAAAUCCUGCCCAGCGCCAAGCAGGGAGAUGUUCAGCCAUCUUCGGGCUCUGAAAAGUGAAGUUUUAGUUCCUGCUAAAGCUGUGGGUUCCCCUGUGGUGAUCCAAGGGACUAAAAGAGCAAAUGGACACUGGAGGUGGUAAUUUUGCUGCUAAAGCCUGUGGCCACUGAUCUCAAUGGCAAGGUUUGUUCCCUCUGGAAAUGCUCUUUUCCUGCUGAUCCUUAUUUUUGCUGAUUGCUGCCCUUGUUUUGCUCAGGAAGAAGUUUGGUCUUAGCUGAUCUUUAUCUAAGCAGUCUUCCAAGAAGAUGAAAAUGCUCCAUAGCCUGGAGGCAGCAGUUUUAUAAACACUGGGAGCUGUGAUGGUUUAAAGCUGACACUCUACAGGUGAUGCUUUCUUUCACUGAGCUCUGGUUUGCUUGGGGUUUUUUAAU